CACCACGGGUGAAUCUUCACCGUCCGCGUUGUUUACUAAAUUUGGAGGAUCACUUUUCGGGGCCGCUAGCGGAUCUCCCCAAAAAGUAGUUACUAAUAUACGUGGAUUUCUUUCAAAUCGAUUGCCUGGCACAAUCUCAAUCCCGUCAGUGCCGGAUACAGGUUGCCUUAACGGAUAAAGCGUGACACAUUUGGUGUAUCGAACUAAAAGGAUUUUCUGCUUCACACACAAAAACAAGAACCAUCAACUAGGACUCAGACAUAUUCACAGCACAGUCAGGAAAUUUAUAUGAAAAUUGGUUUACUAAAUUUGACAGAAAAGUUGGUUAAAGUGUGCAAUAACUAAACAUUAGAAGAAAAAAAUUAUAAAAAUAAAUCAAGCCAAUAAACGAAGCUCAUUGAAGCAAUCAAAUAAGAAAACACAUUGAAAAUGGCGCCUUUACCGAUAAUUAAUAUGGAGUAUGCUGAAGCAAAAGAAAUAUUAUGGACGAAGAUUCAAGAGCCAACGAUGCAAAGGAAGCUCAUUCUGGUCAUCGUGUCGAUAGCAUUGCUUCUAGACAACAUGUUGUACAUGGUAAUUGUUCCAAUCAUUCCUGAUUAUUUAAGAUAUAUUGGAGCAUGGGGGGAAGAAGAUCAAUUAGAAUAUUUGGAAAGUUUAAAACCAAGAAAUGCAUCACUUCCACCUACAACACCUCAUCCAAGAGAUCAUCAUGGACAAGAUUCAGCAACAGGCGUAUUGUUCGCAUCAAAAGCGAUUGUGCAAUUGAUGGUGAAUCCAUUUUCAGGAGCAAUCAUCGAUAGAAUUGGUUAUGACAUUCCAAUGAUGAUAGGAUUAAUAAUCAUGUUUUUAUCAACAUCAUUAUUUGCCUGUGGACGAAGCUAUUCGCUCUUGUUUUUCGCAAGAUCAUUACAAGGUGUUGGCUCUGCGUUUGCUGAUACAGCAGGCCUCGCUAUGAUUGCUGACAGAUUUACAGAAGAAAAUGAAAGAUCUAAAGCUCUUGGAAUAGCGCUUGCUUUCAUUAGUUUUGGAUGUUUAGUCGCACCACCAUUUGGUGGCGCACUAUAUCAGUUUGCUGGUAAAGAAGUUCCAUUUCUGAUUCUGGCAUUCAUAUCAUUGAUCGAUGGAUUUAUGUUGCUACUGGUAAUGAAACCCAUAAAACAACAGAUAUCUGACAGUCAACUGCCACGUCCUGAAUCAAUUCCUAUUUGGCAAUUAAUGAUGGAUCCAUACAUUGCUGUGUGUGCUGGGGCAUUAAUGAUGUCGAAUGUAGCGCUUGCUUUCCUUGAACCAACAAUAUCACUUUGGAUGGAAGAUAAUAUGACAACCGAGAAUUGGAAAAUUGGCAUGAUUUGGUUGCCAGCAUUUUUCCCUCACGUAUUAGGUGUCAUAAUUACAGUGAAAAUGGCUCGAAGAUAUCCACAUCAUCAAUGGAGAAUGGCUGCUUUCGGUUUGGCUUUGGAAGGCUUAAGCUGCUUCAUUAUUCCAUUCACAACAUCAUAUAAAGUGCUUAUGAUUCCCAUUUGCAUUAUUUGCUUUGGAAUUGCGCUUAUUGAUACAGCAUUACUGCCGACCUUGGGUUAUUUGGUCGAUACAAGAUACGUGUCUGUGUAUGGAAGUAUUUAUGCAAUAGCAGAUAUCUCAUACUCGCUAGCUUAUGCUGUUGGUCCAAUCAUUGCCGGAGGGAUAGUUGAAAUCAUUGGAUUCACUGCACUUAACUUUAUCAUCGCCAUAUCAAAUCUUGCAUAUGCACCAGUAUUAAGAUAUCUUAGAAAUGUUUACGACUUAAAGCCGAUGGAAAGUGAAGCAAAUAUCCUCAUGGCUGACCCUCCAUCGAAAGAAUAUCAAACUUAUACUAUGCAGAAUCAACAACCAGUAGGUGAUUACAAAAAUCAUUUAGAAUAUGGAAAAAUUCAAGACGAUUCGGGAGUUCAAGAGACAAACAUUGAUCAACAAUAUGAUUAUUCAAACCAAUAUCAACAGCAAGAUAAUUACAGUUAUCAGCAACAGCAAUAUCAACCUGGUUAUCAAGAACAAGGAGGAGGAUUAACUCAAAGAAAUCUUCCACAACAACCUGCAGCAAAUCCUUUCCGUCAACAGGAACAACAACAACAGCAGCAAGCACCACAAGCUGCACCAAGAACUGCUGCAGCAAAUCCCUUCCGAUCGGGUUUUAAUUAAAUCCUUAAAUUUUAAUUUAUUUAACAACAAAAUGAUUUCUUUAUUUUAAAGAAGAC